UCAAUAACGUCAUCCACAUUUUCCACAACACGACUUAAUUUUCUGUCUUGUUAUCAAAAUAUUAAAACUAAUGCUUAAAGUGUGUCUAAAUCAUUGAUUUUUCAUUAAUGUUUGCUUUACACUUAUCAACAACAAUGUUAUUAUUUCCGAGUGUCUAAAAUGUCUGAUACGAAGUCUGAUAACAUAAGUAUAGAGUUCGAUCCGAUUUUGCCUGAUACUGGUGUCUUGUUUUACGAGGAAUGUCCCGCGGAGUAUGAGAUUGAGAAGCCGAUAUUGUUGCCGUUGAAAUCGUCGACUCAAGUGCGUUUCGAACAGCUUCAGCACGAAGCGGCGCGAGUGUGGAGAGAUAAACAAAGAACAGCGGCGACGGCGAAGAAAAACUAACGCAAAGAUUCCUUGUUCAAAUUAGCCUGUCAAUAUGGCUUACACACUGUUUGUGAUAGAGAUUAUAUCAGCGUUUAUAUUGGCAGCUACAUUAUUGUACAGAUAUGGAGAUGUUUACAGAAAUCACAUAAUAGUGACAGUGGCUGUAGUUACAGCAUGGUACUUCUCGUUUGUUAUUAUGUUUAUAUUGCCAUUGGAUGUGUCUUCGACAGUAUAUCGACAAUGCAUGCAAAACAGCAACUCAACUACUGUGGCCCCGAGUGUGUCACCGCUACACAAUGAGUCAACCACAACCAUCCCCCCAGUCACGAAAUGCCAGAAACCAUGGAGCUUUGUGGAUGACAGUGUGUUCCCUAAUCUCUGGAGGGUUGUCUAUUGGACUUCACAAUGUCUGACUUGGUUGAUAAUGCCAAUGAUGCAGUCAUACAGCAAAGCGGGCGACUUCACAGUUAAGGGCAAGCUGAAGUCAGCGCUCGUUGACAACGCCAUUUACUACGGCUCCUACCUGUUCAUCUGUGGCGUUCUGCUUAUCUACAUUGCGCUGAAGGGUGUGUCCUUGGACUGGGCCAAGAUCAAGGCUAUUGCGUCCUCAGCCAGUAACACAUGGGGUCUCUUUCUCCUGAUCCUUCUUUUGGGCUACGCCCUGGUGGAGGUACCAAGAAAUCUAUGGAACAACUCUAAGAAGAAUUAUACUCUGACAUACACCUACUUCAAGAUAGCCAAGCUGAGUACCGACAAGUGUGAGGCAGAGGAAAAUAUGGACGACAUAUUGGAUAGUCUCUCGUCGAUCACCGCGGCCGUGGGCCCCGGGCACCCGCUGCACCGGCACGUGGAGACCAUCGUGCAGAAGCUGCCCGUGCAGCUGCGGGAGCGCCUCAACAGCCGCCAGGCGCCCGAGCGGCCCGCCGCGCCGUCGCUCAAGUCGCUCGUCAACUUGCAUAAGAAGAUGAUCAAAGCACUCCACGUCCUCCAACGCACCGAAACCCAAUGGGGCAUAACGUUGGAGCGAGUGUUGCAUCUAGAGGAUGUAUCUACCAACCUGCGUGCUCCGGACCGGCGCUUCACACACACAUUCCAUACAGCACGGCCGCGCGCACUGCGGCUCUUGUACCCGCCCACUACUGAAUGGUACUGGGAGUGCCUCUUAAAGCAGUACUUCCUGAAGACAAUGGCGGUGGUCACGGGAAUCAUGUCGCUGGCGCUCGUGUGGUCUGAGAUGACCUUCUUCUGCAAGCAGCCCGUCCUGUCCAUCUUCGCCAACAUCCUCAACGCAGCCAAAUACACUUACAACUAUGCGGCCAUUGUCUGGGUGUCGACUCUCGUUAUUGCGUACAUGUUCUACUGCGCGUACUCGACGGUACUGAAGAUCAGACUCCUGAACCUAUGGUACCUGGCACCUCAUCAUCAGACCAACGAGUACAGCCUCAUCUUCAGCGGGAUGAUGGUGUGUCGCCUCACGCCCGCCAUGUGCCUCAACUUCCUUAGUCUUGUGCAUAUGGACUCGCAUGUUAUUAAGGAAUAUGUCAUGGAGACAUAUUAUACUCAGAUAAUGGGUCACAUGGACGUCCUGGGCAUCAUAGCCGAAGGUUUCAACAUCUACUUCCCGAUGCUCGUGGUACUGCUGUGCGCGGCUACGUACCUCUCGCUCGGCAGUCGUCUCCUCUCGCUCUGCGGGUUCCACCAGUUCGUGGGUGACGACGAGCUGACGACUGAUCUCGUUGAUGAGGGCCGGGAGAUCGUUAAGCGAGAAAAGCGUAAGCGACAACGCGCAGAAGAGUCUCUGACGCGGCGCCGCGACUACAGCGAGCGGUACUCCAACUACCGCGCGCGGGACAAGCGGGACAACCAGGAUGGAGCCCACACCGGGCUCCUCCACGACGUCGACUCAGACUACUACGUCCAACCGAGCCCCGAACGGUCCCAACCGAUUACCGCGUACCAGCGCGCGGAGCUGCCAUACAACCGGACAACGGUUGACGAUGAGUUAGACCAGAGGUUCGGUGCGAGCACGCUGCCCGCCAUACAGUCGGAGUUCGACGAGCGACGGCGGGACAAGAUGAGCGCGCCGCCGCGAGGGCUUUUCGAUGACGUGUAAAGUGCAAUAUAGAACGGGUUUUUGUAAAGGACUUUUGAGGCCUAUGUUGAAAAUUGACAGCGUACAGAAUUUUUGUAGUUUAUUAUAUUAUAACAGUUUGAUGAGUGUGUAUACGGAUAGCGCGAUACCUACGUGGUUUCAAUAUUAGUGUUGGACUACAAAAGCUAAAUUGAUUGAGAAUAAACCAAAACUAAAGUGAAAUUCUUUCGUGGAAUGAUUUACCAUUAUUUAUGUACGCCUAUAACAUACUUGGCUAUUGUAUUUGCGCAAACAUUGCGGACAUUUUCGUUUGAGAUAUUGGAAAGAGAUGCAACACGAAUGUUUGGGCAAAUACAGCCAUGUGUGUCGACUUUGAAGUCUUUAAUUCCAUCGUAAAACGUAGCCUAAAAUGUAUGCUAGGAUUUAGAUCCUAAAUGAAACCCAAGUUUCUCAAUGUUUCUUUAUGAAAACUCGUAGUAAGUUGUACAGUAAAUUAUUCUACAGUAUUGGUUGUAAUACAUAUUAUUGUGUUAAUAAAUGUGGAUGCUUGAGUCAUAUAAGAGAUUUAUUUUUUGUACAAAAAAAGUACUUGCUUUUGUCCAUUGUAAUUAGUUUAACUAGAAUUACAUAGUCGUAGUGAAUCAUUUAAUAUAUUCCAAUUAUUUUAGAUACAUUUAAUUAUUGCUCAUUUGCCUCGAGUUGAGGCAUAGUAUCGCAACGUAAAAAUCUAAGUCCCAGGGGUUUUUGACUUUUCAUACAUUUUGUAUGAUAUCGCGUGUGCAAAUAGCGUCCGUGGGACUAAGAGGUAAUUUUUUUGCCGACACGAUAUCGCGUCCGCGGGAAUUCGAGGGGUUAGAGUCAGUUAACCCUUUGACCGCCCCAGAUGUUAUCAGAAAGUCUUACCAAGGGCGCCAUCGACGGCUACACCCGUCAAUGCAAUAGGGAAUUACGCGGGACUCCGGAAAGUUCAAUUUGGCUUAACUAAUAGCGAUUGCCUGGCGUCCGUGGCACGGCAUAUUUCUUCGCCGUCUGGCGUUCAGAGGGUUAAAUAGUCCAUGAAAAAUACUUUUUUAUUUUUGAGGUAUCUGGACUUUAGUUGAAUUAUUAAUGUGAAAACCUGGGUAAUAUUAUUAUUAUUAUAAUCAAUGUUAAUUUCAAAAAUUUUCCCGAGACGGUAUUUUGACAAAAUUUUGCACACCACGCCGGCUUGACC